AUGACGAGCCGACUGAAGAGGAAGCUCAAUGAUCUCGGGGUCGAUCCCACCAGCGCGAAGGCGAAUGAGUCUUUCUGUCUGAUUGGGACCCCUCUACCUCCUUUAGAGAAGUCCAAAGACACUGGAGAGUUCGUUCCGCUAUGGAAGCAAGAGGUCAGAGAUGAGAAGGGACGGAGACGGCUUCAUGGAGCGUUCACCGGGGGUUUCUCAGCUGGGUACUUCAACACGGUAGGAACCAAGGAAGGAUGGGCGCCCUCUACGUUCGUGUCUUCGCGCUCCGAUAGGGCGAAGCAGCGGUUGGCCAAGCCGGAGGACUUUAUGGAUGAAGAGGACCUUGCUGAGUUGCAGGAGAGCCGGAAACUCGUCGACGAGCACGACGAGAUGGACUUCGGCGGGACAGAGGCCGAGUUACGGCGACGUACUGGCGCAAACGUGGACGAGGAGCCUGACUCGAUAUCGACCGCUCUCGAAGCCUCGCUCGCCCCUGCGCCUAAGGACUCCGUCGGCGCGCGUAUACUCAAGAAGAUGGGCUGGCGCUUGGGUCAGGGCAUCGGUCCGCGACUCACGUACGCGCAGCGCAAGGCACAAGACGCGGGCGUCCUGGACUCGUGGAAGGAGACCACAGGCGAGGAGGAGAACGACGAAGAGGCGAAGAAGCAUAUGUACCCCCGCCGCGACACUCCUGUCCUUCUUGCGCCUAGAAAGGACAAUUUCCAUGGGUUGGGUUAUGUACCCGGCAUGCGGCUGCAAGAGGCCUUAGGCCAGGAGGAGGCUCGUGAAAAGGGCCCGACGUUGGCAGCCGGUUUUGGGUUGGGUGCACUCAACGAUGCAGACGAAGAUGAUUUGGAUGUAUAUGAGGGCGGUAGAGGCAGACAUGGUCGGACCAGGAUGGCUUAUGAUGCUGCGCACGUCGAUGACGACUCUCAUAUCAUCAUGGGUUCGUCCAGUGCGCGAAGUAGGGGUCAGCAAUCUAAAGUGACCACGGUUGCCAGUGUGCAAACAUUCAGCGAUGGCCGGACGGUGUUGAAGGGUUUCGUAUUGUCUGACAGACCUGUGGCUGAAGAUCGGUGGUUUGCUCUCCCGGAAGUACCCAAAGGUUGGACUCCGAAUCCCCGCCGAGUAUGGGACAAAAAUGAUCAUGAUGAGAAUGUUGACACUGCUCGUACGGCGGUCAAACAUCCACCGAAGACUCAUGGUGAUUGGAAGAGUAGCUUCAUAUCUGCAGACCAGAGAGGAUCCAUGCUUGGAGAGACACCUCUACCAUCCCAGCCACGCUCGGUCUUCGAAUACAUGUCGCAGAAAGACAGGGAACGUUUGCAGAACAUUCGCAAUGUCAUAUCCGCGCCGUCCGCACCCUCCGCUGCUACCCCUUCUGCCGCUCCUCCCCCAUCUGAGCAUAUCCGGGGCCAGCUCGACAUACCUCACUUGCACCCCUCCAUCGCCAAAGCUGCGCUCCAGGGCUUUCAACCGUUUACUGCUGACCCAGUCAAGCAGUCGCGCUACACGACCUUCCUCAACUUCCAAGCCAACCGCGAGCCUGCAGAUACCGGCCCCGUGCAGCUGGGCAUCGGCCCGACCCAGGGACAGAGCAUCGACGACUUCAACAAGGAGCUCGUGGACUACGCCAAGGCCGCGACCGUGUUCAAGCCGCUAUCUGCCGCUAUGGCGGGUCGCUUCCGCAGCGCGGUCAUCGUGGAGAGCGGGCCCACUAUCAUCGAGGGACUGCACAAGCCGGACUUCUCCACCGUUAAGGAGGAGGAGGGUGCGAAAGAGGAGGACGAGAAGAAAGAGGAGGAUCCACGGAUGGCCGCGGUGCGCGUGGGGAUGUACGGGCCGCUCACGAGGGACGUCCAGCCGUGGCAGCCCGCACGCCUGCUGUGCAAGAGGUUCGGCGUGAAGGAGCCUGAGGUGGAAAUGGAUAGCGCGACUGCAGGUCCAAGCACCGCCGACUUUGCCCCGACUGCCUCUGCCAAGCAGGCCGACAUGACUUCGGCAGAAUCGUCUGGUGCGGGAGCGGGUGCGGGUGCUGUGAGUGCUGGCAUGAUUACGGAUGGUUCUAGCGGGGAGAAGAGGGAGGGCGGUCCGCGCAACUUGGCAAACGUUGGCUUGGGCGAGGACGACGAUCAGGGGCGGGAUACGCUCACCUAUCAGCGGCCUGCUAUGGAUAUCUUCAAAGCGAUCUUCGCGAGCGAUGACGAGGAGAGUGAAGCAGAGGCAGAAGACGAGGGCCCAGAUGCCGCGGAGGAGCACGACGCUGGGUCUGUCGCUCCUACAGAGAUGCAAGUGAAGUCCGAGCCGGUUCCCGUUCACCUACUCCUGAAAGAUGGCCCUGCACCAUCCUAUGACACCCAACAAAACGGAACAGCAUCUGGUUCUGCCUCUCAGGAAAAAGUGGACAUCGCAUCGUUUAAACCUACGUUUAUCCCUCGCUCGGAUCGCGAGUCUCGUGCGGACAAGGGUAAGGGAAAACACAAGCAAGAUAAGGAGAAGAAAAAGAAAACUGCGAGCAAGGCCCUCAUGUCUUUCGAUGUUGAUGAUGGUAUGGAGUCCAAGCUUGGCGCACCAGAGACGCGACGUCACAAAGACAAGGACAAGGACAAGGAUAGGGAGCGGAAGAAAAAGAAGCGGAAGGAGCACAAGGAAAAAGAUGACGAUGAGAGCAUGUGGGUUGAGAAGCCACCUCCGGAAGCAGCAAAGGUGCAGCGGUUACAGAUGGAAGAGAAACGGGCCCUCCAAGAGGACGGAAGAGAGCAAUAG